AAAUUUGCGUUCCGUCUCGCACUCUGCCGCGGUGGCCAACAAUUUCUAGAGCAAGUGUUACCGAGAGAAAAACUCCAAGAAGGUUUUCCUGUUUUGAUAUUUUUUAAGCUGACUACAACAUCUGUGCUACGUGUGGUGUGCUCCUGCACCAUUGCUUUGCCGCGGUACUAGGACACGCUUACGCUGAUUUACGCUGGAGAUUAUCGUUUUCGAUGUUCGGAGUGAAAAUAGAAAAGAGAAACGGCCAAUGUCACCCAAUCGUUUGAGGUGGCACAAGUGUAGCGCACCUCCCAAUCCAUGAAAGGGGAAAACACAGUGCUUUUAACCUCUAGUGUAAUGACCAGAUCAGAUUUCUUUUAUCGUAAGGACGCAUAAAGCUCGCAUUCCGCUACACCGUGGGUGACACAUUCCUUUGCGUAACCCUUCGGCCACAUUGCCACAUUUGGCUGGCAAACGAAACCCCAUCGCUUCCGACAGAAGUACCACCGAUUCGAGACUGCUCGCUCCAACCGUCGUGCCUCCCCGCUGAUUGUUGCUCCUCCGCUCCUUCAACGGAGAAGAGUGUUCUAUCAGGAAGCCAAAAAAAAGGAAUACACCGAUACCGAAAAUGACAUCAUCGGCGGAACUAGAAACCUUGCGGUCCGAAAUCGAGCGUCUAACGCGAGAGCUGGAUCAGGUGAGCAGCGAAAAUAUUCAAUCUGCCAAAUACGGUCUAGGAUUGUUGGAGGAAAAGCAGAACUUGCAAGUGAAAUGCGAAGAACUGGAGUCGCUGUACGAGAACACCAAACAUGAGCUCGACAUUACACAAGAGGCUUUACAAAAAUUUCAAAAAACCCAACAAGUCACCACCAAAUCGGGCAUCGAGCAAGAAGAUGCAUUGCUCAACGAGUCGGCCGCGAUGGAAACAUCCCUCAACAUGCAGAUUGUGGAGCUGGAAAAUGAAACCAAACAGCUACGCCACGAACUAGAUCGUGUGACAAGUGAACGAGAUCGCAUGCUGCAGGAAAAUGCCGAAAUCGGGCGCGACAAGUCCGGUACGGAAGCAGAACGGGCACGGCUUAAAGCUGAGCUGAAGGAUAUGAAAUAUCGCGAAGCUCGCAUGCUGGCCGAUUACUCGGAGCUAGAGGAGGAAAACAUUUCCCUCCAAAAGCAGGUGUCCAGUUUGCGAAGCUCCCAGGUGGAAUUCGAAGGCGCUAAGCACGAAAUCCGGAGGCUGACAGAGGAAAUCGAGCUGCUGAAUUCACAGGUGGAGGAGUUGGCUAGUCUUAAGAAAAUUGCUGAGAAACAAAUGGAAGAUGCCUUGACUGCACUACAAGUUGAAAGAGAGAAUAAAUACGCUUUGAAGAAAGAGCUUGAUACACAUAUCAACCGUGAAUCAAUGUACAAUAUUAGUAAUCUGGCAUAUAGUAUACGUAGUAUGGAAGAGAAUGCCCUGAACAGCAGCGAUUGUGAAGAGGAAAUCCCAGCACUGAGAGACUCCACCCUGAAAAGAUUGGAAGCAACGCUUGAAGCAGAAACUGCGGACCUGAAAUCACCCGAUGGCACAAAGGGCGAUCUAUUCUCGGAGAUUCAUCUGAAUGAGCUUAAAAAACUCGAAAAGCAGCUGGAAACAAUGGAAACGGAAAAGUUAUGCCUGACCGCAAAUCUUCGUGAUGCCCAGCAGAAUCUAGACAAAAGCCAAAACGACUUGCAAAACUUUAUGGCUAAGCUGAUGUUACUGGCAGCACACGUUGAUGCGCUUCAUACGCUCAAGAAACAAAUUCAAAUUGAGGAAAAUAUAACCGUAUCUACAGCAAAGGACAAGGAUGUGAAUGAUAAAUUGAAUGAAGCUAUCAUGCAAUACUCGAGCUGGUUCACCUUAAGCUCGAAGGAAAUAGAUACUCUCAAAGCUGACCUGGCUGAAUUGCAGAAGGGCUUGAACUGUUCUGACGCAAUGACUGUACUGCGCAAUGAAAUAACAAAUCUCAAGAACAAGCUGUUGUCUGUUGAACAGAAAUCAUUGGAUUUGCAUAGUGACAUCCAGGUACUUACGACACUCUCACAAACAGCGGGCCAGAGCUUGAACACGACGCGAACUAAUUUAGUUGCACUAAGCGACGACCUGGCCCAGUUGUACCACCUGGUGUGCACGGUAAAUGGUGAAACUCCAAAUCGUGUACUGUUGGACCACAAGAACGACGACUUAAGCUUCGAGAACGAUUCCUUAACGGCAAUUCAAUCACAGCUGAAAUCCGACAUUCUUACAUCCAAGCCUCAUGUUUUUGAGGACCUGCAAGCACUCAGCGAUGCUGUCGAGAUUCGCAAGUACGUUGACACUGUGAGCGAUCAAAUUCGGUACCUCAAGACAGCCGUCGAACAUACGAUCGAGCUGAACAAGGAUAAGGUGGUGACCGAUUCCUCCGCUACAUCCUCGGGCGAUGUAAAGGAGGCAAAGGAAGAAAUAGCAGAUCUGCACGAACAAAUCAUCAAAUUGCGCAGCUUGCUGUCGACGAAACGCGAGCAGAUCGCAACGCUGCGCACCGUGCUCAAGUCGAAUAAGAACACCGCCGAGGUGGCGCUGACAAAUCUUAAAUCCAAGUACGAAAACGAAAAGUUGGUCGUCAGCGAUACGAUGUCAAAGUUGCGAAACGAGCUGCGCAUCUUGAAGGAAGAUGCGGCCACAUUUUCAAGUCUCCGCGCUAUGUUUGCGGCUCGCUGCGAGGAGUAUGUCACUCAGGUUGACGAACUCACGCAUCAGCUUGCGGCCGCUGAGGAGGAAAAGAAAACGCUUAAUCAGCUACUUCGAUUGGCUGUGCAGCAGAAACUUGGACUGACGCAAAAGCUCGAGGAGCUUGAGAUGGACCGUGAAAUGCGCCAUGUGCGCCGGCCGGCAGCUUCGCAGCGCGGCGGUGGUGGAGGUGGCGGCAAGUCGGCCUUCUCUCGUGGGCAGCCGGCCCGGAACAGCCUUCAGAAUCCGAACAGCAACAGCAAUAGUAACAAUCCGAACCAAGCUUUCUUCUAACAUAAGGUGAGCGUACAGCGUAAAAUUCUAGCGUUCCUUUACACACUUCUUAAGCUGUAAAGGGGGAAGCGCUAGAGGAAAGAGUUUGUAGUUUUAGUUAAUACAAAGUGGCGGGACGAAUAACAACCAAAAAUUAUCACCAUCAUAUGUGAAUCUUUCAUCGAUCUCCCGUGUGUUAUUGAGUUGGUUGUGCAUUGUUUUACGCUCUUUUUCUUUGCAAAAGAUUAGAAAAACGGAGAGCUAUGACUAGGUGGUCCGUCCCACCAUUUAAAUUGAAUAAUCAAAUUCCCACAUGGAACGUAACUGACCAGCAGUGAGCAACACUGUUUGAAAAAGAAAACCAUAUUUCCAUCCAUUAAUGAAACGAACGAGAAAUGAAAAUAGUUGCAAUUUAUAAACUCGUUGUAAAACGUACUGAUCAGCGUUUGGACGAAUGUCGAAGCAAAAAAAAAACACACAGUAUGUCCAGUUAACCUGUGUGAAAGUCCGAAGAACACAAAUGAACGCAAGAGAUAUAUUUAUUUUCACCGAUAGUGGCAGCUACAAUAGUGUUGAAGGAAUUAUUGUAACUAGAUGACUAGCUGAACGAACGAACGUGGCAGCGGUUCACCGAAGAACACACAGACAGAUGACUGAUCGAAAAAAGAACUCUGAUGAAGGUAUGGUUCGUUUAUUACACUAUCUAUCGAUUAUUAGAAAUUGAUAACAACACAGUUUAGCAACUUAAAAUGUUGAAUGGUGUUGGUGGUUGUGGCUUGCAUACCGAAUGAUUAUGGUAACACAAAUGUUGCUACCAAAUCUAUUUCAAACAGGUAUAGAUAGAAAUUAUUUAUGAAUUCUCGAGCAAAUACCAAUACGGUUAUGAGCCCGUUAUCUAAUAAUUUACUGCGAUGAUGAUGAUAGUGCGAAUGUGCUAAAAACAUAAUGUUCUUUUCUGAAACAACGUUCUAAUGUCACUUACAGUUCGUGACAAGAGAGACCUUUUUGUUUAUCGGUUGUAUUGAUGGUAUGGAAAAAAGCAAAAUUUGGACCAACAUUUUUAGGGCAACUUUCCACACGUUCCUGAUGACUAGAAGCAUCAACGUAUUUUACAACAUAUUUACUUGCCGAUGCUGCCAGAAAUAUUUGCAAUGAAAAGAAAAGCAUCUACGACGUCAUAAAACAGUCAGAUAUUCGUCUUGCUAUCGGAGUGCAAUGUGAUUUCAUUGGCAAUACAGGGUUUUCAAUGAUAUUAUUGACGUGUUCAGCGAGUUGUAGAUUCGUUCGGGCAUAUAAUUGACACUUUCAGCGAGAUAUUGAAUUGUUCGGAAGGCGGCGUUGACAAGUUCGGCGAUACUAUAGAGCUGUCACUUUCGUACCCCUUGGACUGCAGCUUGGAUCAUUCUCAUCAGAAGGUAAACAAACGGUUUUCGUAAAAAUAUAUUUGUUUUAACUAAUUCAUGUAUUAAACAGCUUGGGGAAUGAUUAUUAGCUACUUUUAGGACUUCUAAGAAUGAAAAAUUGAACCUUGCGGCACAGUGUGUAAACAAAACAAAUGACAGCACUACAGAAUCGCUGAACAUGUCAACGCCUGCUUACGAACAAUUCAAUAUCUCGCUGAAAGUGUCAAUUAUAUGCCCGAACGAAUCAACAACUCGCUGAACAUGUCAAUAAUAUCAUUGAAAACCCUGUAAGAAUGUUUCGUUGUAUUGUCGGCACCGCUGCAUCUUACAUUGGUGGCUGUAGUGGAAGGAUGAUUAAUAGUAAAUUCCUAGAAGUAGGAAUUAGCACACAUCAGUAACUAGCAGUGCGCAACAUUUUAUAGUCUAUUAGGACGUCUUCCCUUUGCGUUCCAAAGUCAGUACGAAACAUGAUUAUCAGUAGUGUGUUAAACAUUAGACAGCUCUAAUGAGGGAAAAGUAAUAGAAGAACAAUAUGUUCAUUGGUUCAUAGCAACUAACAAUUAUCUGUCCAAAAUAGUGCAGGUUAGAUUUUGAAAUUUGUGAUUUUUUUGUCAGUUAAGAUACACGAAAUAUAGCACCAGACUCAAAUCGAGCAAGUGAGGCAAUAUGUCAGCAGUGUCAAAAAUAAUGAUAGCAAAACGAAUGAAUGAGAACACAAUAGGAGUUUCGUCGAUGUAAUCCUACGAAAGCAUGUCCUCAUUGAAAAAAAAAUCUUCUAAUCGUCCAAAAUUUAUUAUUAGAAUGUUAUUAUAUUCUUUGAUUAAUCCAUUUGCCAAUAUUUUUGAGAAGAAACAGGUUAUGUGAAUAAUAAAGAUAUUAUAGCAUCAACUCUACAUGGAAA